AUGCCUCGUGCCAGUGCCCAUCAGUGCCACAUCAAUGCCACAUAUCAGUGCCUACCAGUGCACAUCAAUGCCACCUAUCAGUGCCAGUCAGUGUCACCUAUCAAUGCCAAUCAGUGCCACCUAUCAGUGCUGCCAAUCAGUGCCACCUAUCAGUGCCAAUCAGUGCCACCUAGAAGUGCCAGUCAGUGCCGCCUAGCAGUGCGGAUCAGUGCCGCAUAUCAGUGCCUGACAGUACUGCCUAUCAGUGCCAGUCAGUGCCGCAUAUCAAUGCCAGUCAGUGCCGCCUAACAGUGCCAGUCAGUGCCGCCUAACAGUGCUAGUCAGUGCUGCCUAUCAGUGCCAGUAAGUGCUGCCUAUCAGUGCCAUAUAUCAGUGCCAUGUAUCAGUGCUGCCUUUCAGUGC